UUUUUGACAUCAUUUGGCAUUGGUGCGCUGCUCGUAACAUAUUUCAGUUCGAUCCAAAAACCCUUAACGAGCAGGUCUCUGCUAUCUUGGAAAAAUUCAAAAUCAAGUGAAAAAAGAAACUGCACAACCGAAAUCGCAAAGCGGAAACCCCUCAGACACACGUGGAUUCAGAUCUAGUUCGGUGUACAUUUUUGGUUUUUCCCGCAAAACAAAGAUUUGCCUACUUUUUGCAAAACCCAUUCCACUUUGGUUAAUACAAGAUGCCAGUGAAGACCGCACGUCGUCCGUCCCGCCAGGACAACAACCGCAACAACAACGACAUCGACGAGGGAGGAGCCGGAGAUGUGAAUUGGAUGGCCAGGGUGCAGCAGUCGCCUGGGCACCUGCCCGUGCGCUCGAGCUCCUCGUCGGCGGUGGGCAACCGGGAGCGGUACAUACGCAGCCGCAGUAUGCCAUCCAGGAGGAACCCACUGCGUCGCACCCGACGCCUGAACAACGUGACGGUGCCCACCAUGAACAGCUUCUUCUACGGCUUGGCACAGCGCACCAAGUCCACCCUUGCCGCCAACGAGGGCGUCAUGCUGCUCUAUCUGGCCCUCAUCCUGGUGCCCAGCAUCAUGGAGCUGGGACCGCGCAUCGAGUUCCCGGCCCACUGGGAGCAGACCGGCAUCUUCUGCUUCCUCAAGCGCCGUCGCCUGACCCUGACCUUCACCGGCAACGCGCUGCGGGUGCUGAUACGGUCCUGCAUCGGAGCCAUUGUGCCGCUGAUCACCAUGCUGAGCAUGGAAAGUCCGGAGAACUGUAAGAUGCUGAUUCCCCGCUCGGAGGGACCGGAUCUCGAGGUGCCCGUCAAUCUAAACAUCUACGCGAUCAAUCUGUUGCCCUACAUUCUUCGCCUGAAGGCCGGCUUCUAUCUGUUCGUCAACGACACCUGGGUCGCCUACAGCGACCGCAUCAUCACCAUCGCCGAGACAUUCAACACCUGGCGCACCCUGGUCUAUCUGAACCAGAUCAUGCAGCUCGUCUACGCCUUCGAGCUGUUGCUCCUAAUGAUCCAGGGACUGUUCGGCUUGAUCCAGGCCUACCGCAUCUUCAAGAAGUUCUGCGGCAAGGACAACUACCACGUGCCGCAGUUCGAGGACUUCGGCCUGAAGAACAGCUCCUGGUUCAAGCCCAGCAGGCACACCAUUGUCGUCUACCACGCCUUCAGGGAGCGCGCCUGGGCCCAUCUGCAGGUGCACGCCCCCCACUUCUAAAGCUGGACUGCAGGAGCAGUCGCAAGCUCAAGUUCUGCCAGCUGCCCAAACUCAGGAGACACUCGAAAUUCAAAUUACAGAAAAGAAACCGACGGAUCUGGCAGGAUACUGGAACAACAAACAGGGGAUUGGUUCAGUUUGGCCAAGGGACCUAUAUACAUACGUCUUCCUGCUGACGGCUGGCAAAAAUUGAGUUUCAGUUGAGGAAUCUUUUCAAAGCGAUUUCCCUCAGAAACAGAGGUGGAAAUCAUUCCGUGCUUUUUUGGAUGAAUGCGUUGUCUUUAUAUGUUUAUAUCUUGUAAAUAUAAUAAUUAUGACCCAUCCA